AUGGGCACAGCAAGUAUUUUUGUGCUUUUGACCCUCACAGUUUCUGAUGCUGCUAUUUCCUGUCAGAAUGAAGAUGGCCAGCCUGUCGACUGGUUCAUCAUCUACAAGCUGCCAAAAUACAAGAUCGGUGAGGUGGGUAGUGGGGUGGAUUACAUGUACCUGGACCCCUCCAUAGGAACCUGGCAAUUUAGUAAAUUCAUGGUUAACACCAGUCAAGGAGCAAUUGGAAACACCCUCAAUCAGCUAUACGACAAAGCCAUUUAUAAGCCUAGUAACUCUGUUUAUGUCCUCUACAAUGAUUCACCACCACUCCUCAAAUACAUCAAAGGAUAUGGACACACAAAAGGAGUGCUCCUAUUUGACCAUUUGCAAGGAUUCUGGCUUUCCCAUAGCAUUCCCCAUUUUCCCUCAUUCCCAGAGAUGGGUUAUCUGUACCCAUCCUCUGGCAAAGUCAAUGGCCAGACUGCUUAUUGUGUGAGCCUCCCCUAUGACCAAUUCCAUCGUAUCACACAGCAUCUUGUAUAUCUUUUUCCACGGUUCUACAAUUGUUCAGUGCCCUCUCCAUUUGCUACCAAACUGCCUCAGCUGGCCCAGUUAUGUGCUGGCGAGAGGCCAGAAGCACCUCUGGAUAAAGGAAGGGACCAACUCUUCUCCCUGAAGGGAGAGAUGUUAUUCACUUUUGCCAAAUCUGAACGUUUUGUGGAUGACAUCUACACUGGCUGGGUGGCUCAGGUCCUGAAUGUGGACUUGAUGGCUGAGACCUGGCAGAGACAAGGACACGAACUGCCUUCCAAUUGCUCCCUGCCCAAUCAUGUCAUGAACAUCAAGAGGAUUCAUCUUCCUGAAUCAGACGCAUUCAAUUCUAAGUACGAUCACGCCAAAUGGUGCACAUCGUGGGAGUUUCAGAAUAAAGUGACCUGCUUAGGGGACCUGAACAGGGAGGUAUCCCAAAUGUGGCGCGGUGGCGGGCUUUUGUGCUCACACAACCCUUUGAUUUACAAGGCUUUCAGACAGUCAGUGGACUGGUACAUUGGAUGCUAA